CGGAAUUAACAUCGGAUAUCGCACAUCUUUCCGUAGCUGAGAUGCAAAUACAUGCGAGUAAACGUGAGCGCGAGGUGACCGAAGGCAGAUUAUAGCUAUACCGUGCCAAAUAUUGCGGAUGUUGCGAAAUAAAUAAAUAAUAUUUUUUUUUAUCCUAUUUCCCCCGUUUUAAAUAGACAUGGCUACCGCAGUCAUCAGAAUGUACAGUUAAAACUGAACUCAAACGAUUGUUUUAAAUGUUUCCAUUUUUGUUCACUUGGUUAGCCAUCACACCUAGAUCGAAUAAAUGAUUGUAGCUAUGAUAAUUGCAACCUGAAUUUUUCCAAGGAAAAGCGCGGAUGAGAGACAGUUCCGGAAAAUAUGAGGAUGGAGCCACAGAAUACGAGAGAUUUAGCCAAGAAUUACACGGCCGUGGAAAUAUGUUGAUUGUGGACAUAAAAUGAGGUGAUGAUGGACCAUUUUGUGUGUUGAAGUGGGCAACGAACCUGAGAACUACAAAACAUAAGGCACGCUUUUUUUGUUCGAAUUUUUGUUUGUUUUUUUUUCUUCGUUUUCUUUUCGUUUGCUUAAAACCUAACCAUCAGCUCCUGGAGCGCAACAUCACGUAUAAAAGCCAUGAAGACAAAUGUGUGCUCCAGUUAUACACGUAUUAAGUUUUGAAGCAGAUGGGAUGUAAUGUGGUGUGGUCGCGUUGAAUAUUCGCCCCCUUUUUUCCUGCUUCGUGAAGACUGGCAUUUGGUGUCUAUAGAAUGGCUCGGUUCGGAGAUGAGGUGCCGUCCAGGUACGGCGGAGGACCGGGACACGCUCAAGGGGGCCCCGGCCGCGGCGGCAGCAGGCAGGGGGGCCCGCCAGGUGCCCAACAGAGAGUGUACAAGCAGUCAAUGGCCCAGCGAGCCAGAACUAUGGCCCUGUACAACCCUAUACCGGUGCGGCAAAACUGCUUCACUGUCAACCGAUCUCUGUUCAUCUUCAGUGAGGACAACUUCGUGAGAAAAUACGCCAAAAAGAUCACCGAAUGGCCUCCAUUUGAGUACAUGAUCCUGGCUACCAUCAUUGCUAACUGCAUCGUCCUGGCCCUGGAACAGCACCUUCCAGACGGGGACAAGACACCCAUGUCCGAGCGCUUGGAGGACACAGAACCCUACUUCAUUGGCAUUUUCUGUUUCGAGUCAGGCAUUAAGAUCUUGGCUUUGGGCUUUGCUUUCCACAAGGGCUCGUACCUACGCAAUGGCUGGAACGUCAUGGACUUUGUAGUGGUGCUUACUGGAAUCCUGUCCACUGUGGGCUCAGACUUUGAUCUGAGGACGCUGCGUGCUGUUCGAGUGUUGAGACCCCUCAAACUGGUGUCUGGGAUUCCCAGCUUGCAGGUUGUGCUUAAAUCCAUCAUGAAGGCUAUGAUCCCUCUGCUGCAGAUUGGUCUGCUGCUCUUCUUUGCCAUCCUCAUGUUCGCCAUCAUUGGUCUAGAGUUCUACAUGGGCAAAUUUCACACCACUUGCUUUGACAACAUCACCGAUGAGAUACGAGAGGAGUUUCCAUGCGGAAACGAAACGAAUGCUCGGACUUGUCCUAAUGGAACAAUAUGUAAACAGUACUGGAUUGGACCCAACUACGGUAUUACCCAGUUUGACAACAUCUUGUUUGCCGUGCUAACAGUCUUCCAGUGCAUCACCAUGGAGGGCUGGACUGACCUGUUAUACUAUAGCAAUGACGCUUCAGGGAGUGCAUGGAACUGGAUGUACUUCAUCCCCCUCAUCAUCAUCGGCUCCUUCUUCAUGCUUAAUCUUGUGCUGGGUGUGUUGUCAGGAGAGUUUGCCAAAGAAAGGGAGCGUGUGGAGAACAGGAGAGAGUUUCUUAAGCUGAAGCGUCAGCAGCAGAUAGAGAGAGAGCUGAACGGAUAUCUGGAGUGGAUCUGCAAAGCAGAAGAAGUGAUUUUGGCUGACGAGGACAAUGACCCAGAUGACCGGAUGCCCUUUGACGGCUCGCGAAGGAGGCCUACCAUCAAAAAGAGUAAAGCAGACCUGCUUGAUGCAGAGGAUGGAGAUGGAGAUAUAGGUUCUCCGUUUGCACGGGGCAGUCUGAAGAGCUCGAAACUGGAGGGCUCUUCCUUUCAUAAAAAGGAGCGUCGGCUGAGAUUCUUCAUCAGACACAUAGUGAAGACGCAAGCGUUUUACUGGACCGUGCUGUGUCUGGUGGGACUCAACACACUGUGUGUAGCUGUUGUGCACUAUGACCAGCCCGAAAAGCUCUCCGACUUUCUCUACUUUGCUGAGUUCAUCUUCCUGGGGAUCUUUAUGUCAGAGAUGUGUAUUAAGAUGUAUGGGCUGGGGACCAGACCUUAUUUUCACUCCUCCUUCAACUGUUUUGACUGCAUUGUCAUUUGUGGCAGCAUUUUCGAGGUGCUCUGGUCUAUGAUCCAGCCAGGAACCUCGUUUGGGAUCAGUGUGUUACGAGCUCUCAGGUUACUGAGGAUCUUCAAAGUGACCAAGUAUUGGGCGUCUCUAAGGAACCUGGUGGUGUCUUUGUUGAACUCCAUGAAAUCCAUUAUCAGUUUACUCUUCCUCCUUUUCCUCUUCAUCGUGGUUUUUGCUCUCCUGGGCAUGCAGCUUUUUGGAGGACAGUUUAAUUUUGAAGCCGGCACACCACCAACAAACUUUGAUACUUUUCCUGCAGCAAUAAUGACAGUAUUUCAGAUCCUGACGGGUGAAGACUGGAACAUGGUCAUGUAUGAUGGGAUCGAGUCUCAGGGCGGAGUCAAGAAGGGCAUGGUCUUCUCAGUCUUCUUCAUCGUUCUCACACUCUUCGGCAACUACACUUUGCUCAAUGUGUUCUUGGCUAUCGCUGUGGACAAUCUGGCCAAUGCACAAGAGCUGACCAAGGAUGAACAGGAGGAAGAGGAAGCAGCCAAUCAGAAAAUGGCUCUUCAGGCGGCCAAGGAAGUAGCAGAGGUCAGCCCACUGUCUGCAGCCAACCUCUCCAUUGCUGCUAAGGAGCAACAGAAGAACCACAAAGGUUGUAAGUCUGUAUGGGAGCAGCGCACUAGUGAGUUGAGACGGCAAACCCUGAUGAACAGCAGAGAGGCUCUUUACAAUGAGUUGGACCCCGAAGAUCGCUGGAAGGUCUCAUACUCUCGUCACAUUCGUCCUGAUAUGAAGACACAUCUGGACCGGCCGUUGGUCGUGGACCCUCAGGAGAAUCGCAAUAACAAUACUAACAAAACUCGUCCUGGUGACGGCCAGCCCCAGCGCACUCAUCAGCUCCUGCACAAACAGCCCAAUUUCAAUGAGGGAGAGAGUGGAGGUGGAGGUGGAGGGUCUGAGCCCUGGCCAGCGUUGGAAAGGGGGGACUCCACGGGAUCUCGGCGGAGUCUUUUAGGUGCAGAGAACCAUGGGGAGGGUAGAGAGUCUCACCGCAGGCAUCAGCAUGGCGAGCGCUGCAGCCAGGCCCGUCAGCACCAUAAAGCUGCAAAGGAUGAGGGAGAGGGCGGAGGGAGGAGACACAGGAGUAAGGGCAGGGAUAGAGGACCUGAGUGUGAGCAUGCAGAUGGAGGAGAGCGGAAACACAGACAUCAUCGCCAUGAGGGUGAAGGAAGAAAAGAGAGAGGGGUGCGACAUCGUACCAGGAAGGAUGGUCAUGGCCCCACUCUCUCCACCACUCGUCCCAUUCAGAAAACCCUGUCCAGGCAGGACAGUCAGUACAGCGAGGACCUGGACAAUGCCAUGAACAACAAGCUUGCUACACAGCCGCCUAGUAACUCAACUCCUCAUGACAGUCUGCUCAAUCUGGCCAACAGUGCCCACACUGCCGGCUUGGCACAUACCGGCACCGAGAGCAGCCUCAUUCUCACCAACCCUUCUUCUACCACUGCUAAUGUUACCAGCACUGAUCAUCUGGGCAUGAACCCUGAUUACACUGCCGUAGACAUUCCCCCGAUGUUCCCCUCCAGUAACGCCAUCCUACAGGUCAACAAGAAUGCCAACACAGAACCCCUGCCCAAGAAGGAGGACACAAAGGGUGAUGAUGAUGAUGAUGAAAAAGAUGAUGGGGGGCCUAAACCCAUGCCACCCUACACCUCAAUGUUCAUUCUGACUACUACUAACCCAUUUCGGAGGUUGUGCCACUACAUCGUCACGCUCAGAUAUUUCGAGAUGUGUAUUCUUCUGGUCAUUGCAAUGAGCAGUAUUGCCCUGGCGGCCGAAGACCCUGUAUGGCCCGAAUCCCCCCGCAACAACGUCCUGCGGUACUUUGACUAUGUGUUCACUGGUGUGUUCACCUUUGAGAUGCUCAUUAAGAUGGUAGAUUUAGGUCUUGUCCUGCAUCAAGGCUCUUAUUUUCGUGACCUGUGGAACAUCCUGGACUUUAUAGUGGUUAGUGGUGCCCUGGUGGCGUUCGCCUUCACAGGAAACAAGGGAAAAGACCUCAGCACUAUCAAGUCUCUGCGUGUGCUCCGAGUACUGCGGCCUCUGAAAACCAUCAAGCGUCUGCCCAAGCUGAAGGCUGUCUUCGACUGUGUGGUGAACUCUCUGAAGAAUGUGCUGAACAUCCUCAUUGUCUACAUGCUGUUCAUGUUCAUCUUUGCUGUGGUGGCUGUGCAGCUCUUCAAAGGCCGUUUCUUCUACUGUACUGAUGAAUCGAAGGAGUUUGAGCGUGACUGCAGGGGCGAAUAUCUUGUCUAUGAAAAAGAUAACGAAGUGCGGGCGCAGAAGCGGGAAUGGAAGAAAUACGAUUUCCACUACGACAAUGUGCUCUGGGCCCUUCUCACCCUCUUCACCGUUUCUACGGGAGAGGGGUGGCCACAGGUGCUGAAACAUUCAGUGGAUGCGACCUACGAGAAUCAGGGCCCGAGUCCAGGUUAUCGGAUGGAAAUGUCCAUCUUUUACGUGGUGUACUUCGUGGUCUUCCCCUUCUUCUUCGUCAACAUCUUCGUGGCUCUUAUCAUCAUCACUUUCCAGGAGCAAGGAGAUAAAAUGAUGGAGGACUAUAGCCUGGAAAAGAAUGAGAGAGCCUGCAUAGACUUCGCCAUCAAUGCUAAACCGCUCACGCGACACAUGCCUCAGAACAAACAAACAUUCCAGUACCGCAUGUGGGAGUUUGUGGUGUCUCCUCCAUUUGAAUACACCAUCAUGGCCUUGAUUGCCCUCAACACCAUUGUCCUUAUGAUGAAGUAUGAUGGAGCAUCAAAUGCCUAUGAAGCUGUGUUAGCCAACCUGAACAUAGUGUUCACCUCACUUUUCUCCAUGGAGUGCAUACUGAAGAUCAUUGCCUUUGGAGCGCUGAACUACUUCAAAGACGCCUGGAACAUCUUCGACUGUGUGACUGUACUUGGCAGCAUCACUGAUAUUUUAGUCACAGAGCUAGGGAACAACUUCAUAAAUCUGAGUUUUCUAAGGCUCUUCCGAGCUGCUCGUCUCAUUAAGUUGCUCAGGCAGGGUGAGACCAUACGCAUCCUGCUCUGGACCUUCGUCCAGUCUUUCAAGGCUCUGCCGUAUGUGUGCCUACUCAUCGCCAUGCUGUUCUUCAUCUACGCCAUCAUUGGCAUGCAGCUGUUUGGGAACAUUGCGAUUGAGGAGGAUGGUGAGAGUGCCAUUAACCAGCACAACAACUUCAGGACUUUUUUCCAGGCCCUAAUGCUGCUCUUCAGGAGUGCUACAGGUGAGGCAUGGCACGAUAUCAUGCUGUCAUGUCUGGGAAAGAAGGUGUGUGAUCCUCUCUCUCAUACCAACGAGCCAGAAUGUGGGAGCGAGUUUGCCUACCUCUACUUUGUCUCCUUCAUCUUCCUGUGUUCUUUUCUGAUGUUGAAUCUGUUUGUGGCUGUGAUCAUGGAUAAUUUUGAGUACCUGACGCGUGACUCUUCUAUCCUGGGACCCCAUCACCUGGACGAGUAUGUGAGAAUCUGGGCGGAGUAUGAUCCAGCUGCUUGCGGGCGCAUUCAUUAUAAGGAUAUGUACAGUUUAUUGCGAGUUAUCGACCCCCCUCUGGGCUUAGGCAAGAAAUGUCCUCAUAGGGUGGCCUGCAAGAGACUGUUGCGGAUGGAUCUGCCAGUUGCUGAUGACAACACAGUGCACUUUAAUUCCACACUUAUGGCCUUAAUCCGAACUGCUCUGGACAUCAAGAUCGCCAAGGGAGGCGUAGAUAAGCACCAGAUGGAUGCUGAGCUAAGGAAGGAGAUGAUGGCGAUAUGGCCUAAUCUCUCUCAGAAGAAUCUGGACCUUCUGGUCACACCCCACAAGUCGACAGACCUGACAGUGGGAAAGAUCUACGCUGCCAUGAUGAUCAUGGAGUAUUAUAGGCAAAGUAAAGCCAAACGGACACAGGCUCUCCAUGAUGAACAGAAUCGAACGCCAUUAAUGUUUCAGCGUCUGGAGCCGCCGUCUCCAAGCCAGGAUGUGGGACAGGGACUCACUGGCCUUCCUGAAACACAGCAGCACCCUGCAAAUCAUCUGCCUGUUGAUGAAAGGAUCCCAGAGAGCCAAUCAUGGGUGACGGCGCGAGCCCAAGAGAUGUCUCAGAAAGCAGGAAGCUGGAGUCCUGAAGGCCAACACCCAGACAACCCCGCAGAUAACCGCAGACAAUCUCAGACAGUAGAGAUGAGAGAGAUGGGGCGGGACGGGUACUCGGACACUGAGCACUAUCUGCCGAUGGAAGGCCAUGGCAGGGCUGCUUCCAUGCCUCGACUCCCAGCAGACAACCAACAGCCACGGAGGAAAGGACGGCACCGGGGAGAUAAUCUCACUACCAUCACAGAUAACAGCCCAAUGAAGCGUUCAGCUUCGUCUUUGGGCCACGGGCGUCAAGGCCGCUCAAUGCGGGGUGAGGACUACGUCAUGGACAGGGUUAUCCCAGAAGAGGGUCACAGACAUGGGCAUCGCCACCGAGACCGCAGUCACCGCGCAUCGGAGCGCUCUCUGAGCCGCUACACUGAUGCUGACACAGGUCUUGGCACUGACCUCAGUACCACCACACAGUCAGGAGACCUGCCAUCCAAGGAGAGGGACCGGGGCCGGGCCAAAGACCGCAAGCACCACCAUCAUCACCAUCACCAUCACGGUUCACUAGAUAAGGAGCACUACGGACACGAGAGAGAACGAGGGGACUACGGCCACAGAGGGUCUAGAGAGAGAGACCGCCGCUGGUCCCGCUCACCGAGUGAGGGCAGAGAGUGCCUGACUCACAGACAGGGCAGUAGUUCAGUAAGCGGCAGUCCAGUCCCCUCCACCUCUGGGACCAGCACGCCCCGCCGCGGCCGGCGUCAGCUUCCCCAAACCCCUACGCCCCGACCCCACGUCACCUACUCUCCCGUGGUCCGUAAGCCCAUGGCGGCACCCCCUCCGGGCCAGCAGAACCGACUCCCCACCCCGACCUCUCGUCGGUUCAGCCCGCCCGGCCCCGAGCCCCCGCUUCCCCCUCCCCACCACGGCUCUCCUCGCUCGGCCCGUCACGCGCACUGGGGCCCUGGCCCCACGGAGAGCGUGGAGGGCGACGGUUUCUACGACGACCAAGACUACGAGUUCAAUCACCACGAGCCUCCGUCCUACGAGCAGAGCCCGGUGCAGGGCAACCCUCACCCACAUUCCCCCAGGACUUCCCGCCACAGCACCCCCCCUCAGGGCCAGUCACAUCCGAGGCGCAUGCCAAACGGCUACCGCUCGUCCUCGCCCUCGCCCCACCACCACACCCCAGCCCACCCGGGAACUCAUAAGCCUCCUCAUCCCAGAGGGCCCAGGAAGGGCCUCCACGAACCCUACAGUGAGACUGAUGAGGACGACUGGUGCUAGCCUCUGGGACGGGGAGGGCUGAGUCCUGAAGCGAUACUUUGUCCGGGGAAACACUAGGCAGUGCGCUGAAUGUCCACAGGGGAAAUCAAGGCAUGAUUCCUUUCUUUCUAUUUCUCAUUUCUUUUCCGAUUCCUCUGCUGCCGAGUGUUUCCCUCAAAGCGACGGACCGCUGGCAGUGAAUACGAAGACUUACGAAUACGAAAUCCUGUUCUUAGCCUUUUUUCUGAAGAAUUCAAAUAUGUUUUGAUAAGGAGGAGGAAUGUCUGAACUUUUUUUUCCCCAAGGACAUUUCACGCAGUCCCUCCGGAAAAGAGAGGCUAUAAACUCUUUAGCACUCGAUUGCAAACAAACAAACAAACAAACAAACAAACAAAAAAAGGAGGUGGAUCACUUUUUAUUUCGCUGAACUUGACUGGAGAUUCGUUUAUUGCAAAAAUCAGUCCAGAUGCUGGGAAAUAUCGAUGAGUUUUAUCAUCCGUGUUUACUGUUAAUAAUCAUCCCAGUGAGGGGGAGGCGUUCGCCCGUGUGGGUAAGUUGUGGGUGAAGUUGGAGAUGGGCGGUGGUGAACUCACCUGAACUAAAACGGGAAAGCCCACCCUGCACUUCAGACCCCCAAACGCAAGAAAGAAGAAUCACAAACAAAAAAAAAGAAUAAUAAUAAUAAUAAUAAUAGGAGAGAAAAAAAUGAAAAGCUCCUCACUCUUUCUUCUUCUACGGCUUCGUCUUCUGCUUCUCAUUGGAAACAUUGGAGUUUGAAUCUUCUGUUGCACUGCCCAGCUUUGUUUGAACUCCCAGAAAAUAAAUCCCUUGGAAAUCCUGCAUGAUUGAAAAAAAAGAGAAAAAAAAAACGAGUUUAAAAAAAAUACAUAAAGAAACUUUGGAUAAAAAAGGGGGAAGGGGGAUCGAUUCCUUGGCUCUUUUGUCAUGUCCGUGACGUUCUCUCUCUCUCUCUCCCAUCAGCACCCUCCCUCUCUCUCACGCCUCUCUGAGAUCCCUCUCUCCUGAAGGAGAAAAGGGAAGAAGAAGCCAUUGCUAAGGUUCAAACGUGACCAGAGAGAUGUUCGCAAUGUUUUCUACCAGAUUUGGUGCCAAAUUUGCGAAUCAAAAAUAAAUGGAUAGCACAGUUAUUUUGAAGCUUGACAUUUUAUAACCUUUUUAUUUACAUUCCUCUAUCGAUGUAUAGAUGAUUUGCUUACUUGCACAAAAAAACGCAGAUAUAGUAGCACAUAAAAUACACAAACAUAUAAAGGACAUAAGCGAUUCUUUUCCCUUACACCGCCGUAAACGUGCUCUUCCAGUCUUCCAGGGUAAACGCAGAGACAGCGAGAAGAGGGGGGAAAAAGAGAGAGAGAGAACCUCUCCAUCUUUACAUAUGAUUUCACGUCAAUAAUGACAAUGUGUGUAUAAAGAUGAUCGCAUAAUUGAUGAUGAUGGUGGUGAUGAAGAUGAUAAUGAUGAUGAUGAUGCUUAUAAUUUGUUUUUUCUACCUGUUUUUGUAUUUGACUCAGCUGCUCUUUGUAUCGCCAUACUUGUUUUUGUGUGAGUUUUGUGUAGAUGGUGUGUGGAGCUCUGUGAUAGUGAUCCAUUAUGGGCCAAGACAGAAACCCAUCUGACCUUCAGCCGACGUCCUCGGUAGCACGACGACUUCGGAUGUUUCCAUGGAAACACUUUCUCAGCCAUAUCAUUGAGCGUUAAUGACAGUUUGAAGCAUGCAUCUGAUCUCGAGUCUCUGUAACUGUGAACACUUUUUAUCAAGACGGAAAAAAAAGAAAGUAGAGGAAGAGCUGACUAGUUAUCGACUAUAUUGCUAUAAACGUGUUAUAUACAUCUUUAAAGAGCAUUUAGAUAUUAGCUAGGUAAACAAGGAUUGGUUAGGUUGGCAUCAAAUUCUUUUUUAUUUAUUUACAUUCACUCUUUUAAUAAUAAUAUUCAUUUUUAAAGAUGAUUUAAUUUAUUUGUUUAAAUUAUUUUUAUAAUGAUCUUUUUAGACUUGUUUUUCUUACUUUUAAACCAGUGGUUCUUAGCCCCCAAAAACGAUAUAUUAAAUGAUGAUUUUAUUGAAAUUAAAUUAUUGAAAGUAUUAAAAUUAUUUAUUAAAAUUAUCUAUAAAUUAAAUAAUAUAUUUAAAUAGAUUUAAGAUAUUACAGAUUGAGAACCACUGCUUUAAACUGACCUAAAAAAAAUUCCCAAGACAUUUUAAUGCGCGGUGAGAAGGUAACUGAGCUCCACUACCUCUACUAGAUCAGCAGAUGGCGCUGUGAUCCACAUUGUUCUGCAGCCAGUGGUUCUGGCUCUGUCAGUCUCACCUUUUUCUGUUUCAUGUUUAUGUCAAUGAGCUGUACACUGAGAGUAGUACUAUGUGUCUGUCACCGAUGGUGCACCGUUCUGUGUUCAGGAAAUGUAACACAGCCAAUCAAACUGCACAGGAACAUGUAACACAGCCAAUCAAAUUGCAUGGGUGAAACAAUGACCGGGCCUUUUCUGCCAAAACUUGUCUCUUGUGUCCCACUAAUCUUUGUGUCCUUUCGGCCCAUACGACCAUCGCCAUCUCCGUCUUCUUUACGAGGCAGAUCCUCUGUGGAAUGACUCGGCAUACACAGACACGCUGCCGAAAGAGUCCAACUUUGCAGCAUGUGCAAAUUAGACGAUGUAUGUAGCAUUCACUAACAUAAUAUCACGCACAAUCCCGCUCGCGCGAGUCCUGUAUGUAGCAUAACUGACGAAACUGGUAAGUCCGUGGCUCUCCUUUUGAGACCGUAGGUUUAAACGUGUCCACAGCCGGUGAGUAUAUUGUCCUUGAGGAUGUAAACAUCCGACUUUCAUGUCUCCCCUUGCUAGUUGAGCGUUAUUAGCGUUUGUUGUCAUUCUUUCUUUGAGAACUACAUUCUUAGGAAUGUAUUACUGAGAUUAAUCAGUGCCUUAUUCGCCUAUAUUUAGACCUCACAUCGCACCUUUACACGUUCAGCUUCAUGAGACGACUUUAUAUAUAUAUAUAUAUAUAUAUAUAUAUAUAUAUAUAUAUAUAUAGGAGAGUACCUAUAUAUGCAAUACCAACUGGUUUUGAGUUCCAGGAAGCGUCGAGGAAACGAUGUGUCUCUGUGAAAGGUGUGUGUAUAUGUUGUUUGCGAUCAGUUCCAUGAUGUGUUUGACAAAAUUCACCAAGCCAACGAUUAUCAGUCAUCCUCAUCUGCAUGCACGAUGUUCUCUCAACGUCUUGCUGUGCGUGUGGCUGUGAGAGAAAAGACGAGAUAGGACACUGACAUCUCUCAUCGUCUGUCGUAACUGAUCAUCACUAACAACAUCAGUUCACGUUUGGCAAAACAAGUGACAGGUAAAAAUACAACGCCGAUGUGGGAGUCACACUGUAAAAAGAAGAAACUAAAAAUAAGCAAGUUUUUGUCAGAAAAAAAAAAAAUGUAGAGAAGCAUUUACCUCGAGAACUGCAUGUGCAACGUGCAUGCCACAGCGUUUGAUAAAAAGUCAACUGCAGGAAUACAAAAAAAUACGAAAUGUUUUGUAGAAAAACACACAAGUACAGAUAAAUCUUUUUUCUAAAGUAAUAUAUUCCUUUAUGCUCUAUUUUUUAAAACAAAAAAAAAAAAACAACGGCAUAUACCGAGGAGGAAAAUCACUUUGAUGCAAUUUGAAAGUUAUUUCUUUUUUUUUUUUUUUAGCUGUUUUUCUGCCAACUAGAAGGAGAGACACUUCAACACUAUGUUCAGGGCACGUCAAUAUGACUACUGUCACACACACAAAAAAAGAAAGAAAUAAAAGAGUCAAGAAUACAA